AUGGCAAGAUUGAAAGGUGAGUUAAAAAAGGAACUCAGGAUUAUCCAUGAUAAAAAUCUCAGCCGCAGACCUUGUAGAUCUGGCAGGCGAGUACGCCUUUGUCCUCCGGCUCAACACGGGCUUCACAGACCUUUGGUCCCAUCUUCCCAAGGGCUCAACCUGUCCCUUGAGGCUGCCUGGUCUUCCGCUCCCCCGUAUAUGGGGAGCAGGAGCGGCCUCACUGGUCAAGCCCCACGUUUGGGCGCCAGCUGUCGGCGGCCGGACGGGAUUGAACCAAAGAGGACAUCCCAAGGAGUGGUUGUGCUUUGUCAGAUCUUUAUUGCGUUGUCAGCAUUAGUACAAGGAAAACAAAUACUGUCGUCAGCAUUGGCUGCCGGGUCCUCGGCGAAAGCGGCCAAGGUCGGGGCAGGAAACGGGGGCAGCGAAGGGAGUCCUCCUCCCCCUCCCCCUCCGGCUCCUCCGGGGUCCUCAGGGUCAGGGGAUUCGGAGCCCGCCCAUUCCUCCAGCCCCGCGGCGGCCCCGGGCUCCCUGGCCCCGUCGCUCGAGCUUCCCACUUACAAGCUACAGGACUUCGAUACGCUGGCUACCGUGGGCACAGGUAUCUUUGGACAAGUCCACCUAGUGAAAGAAAGAACAGCCAAACGUUAUUUUGCAUUGAAAGUAAUGAGCAUUCCAGAUGUCAUUCGGCUAAAGCAAGAGCAGCAUGUGCACAAUGAAAAGCCAGUCCUGAAAGAGCCAUUUCUCACCAGAUUGUACUGGACCUAUCAUGAUGAAAGAUUUUUAUACAUGUUAAUGGAAUAUGUUCCUGGAGGAGAACUUUUCAGCUACUUGAGAAACACGGGACGAUUCAAUAACAGCACAGGACUAUUUUACGCUGCAGAGAUUAUCUGUGCAAUAGAAUAUCUGCACUCCAAAGACAUAGUUUUCAGAGAUCUAAAACCUGAAAAUAUAUUAUUAGAUAAAGAAGGCCCUAUCAAGCUCACUGAUUUUGGAUUUGCUAAAAAGCCAGUAGACAGAACAUGGACACUCUGCGGGACACCAGAAUAUCUUGCUCCAGAAGUCAUGCAAAGUAAAAGUCAUGGAAGAGCAGUAGACUGGUGGGCUCUGGGGAUUCUAAUAUUUGAGAUGCUGUCUGGGUUUCCUCCAUUAUUUGAUGACAACCCAUUUGGCAUCUAUCAAAAAAUUCUUGCAGGCAAAAUAGAUUUCCUCAGGCAUUUGGAUCUCUAUGUAAAAGACCUCAUUAAGCAGCUUCUUGCUGUAGACAGGACAAGACGACUAGGCAACAUGAAGGAGGACAUUGACAAACUGCAGUGUGUACAGAAGAUGACCAGAAUGGUGAAGGGGACUGGAAACCACGCUAUACAGGGAUCAGUUGAAAGAAAGAAUGGAGCAGAUGAUGUGAAAAGGCACGGGUGGUUCAGGUCUGUGGACUGGGACGCUGUACCCCAGAGAAAACUGAAGCCUCCUAUAGUGCCGAAGGUAUCCAAUGAUGGUGACACAUCUAAUUUUGAAGCAUAUCCUGAAGAUGACUGGAACACACCACCUGUGCCUCCUAAAGACUUAGAAAUCUUUAAGAAUUUCUGAGUA